AUGGGUGUCAGCUGGAGGAGGCUGGCCCCACUCUGGGCCCUGGUCCUCACCCUGGCCUGUGCCCGGGGCACAGGCCGGGCCCAGGACAGCUCUGCGGAACAUGGCAAGUCCCAAGUCCUCCUUCCCGGGCCCCAGGUGCCUGGUGGCCACUCGCUCCACUUCCUCCCCCCGUUGCGGAUGGCCCCCGUGGUUCGAGCCCUGAACCCUGCGCACAACGGGCGAGUGUGCAGCACGUGGGGCAACUUCCACUACAAGACCUUCGACGGGGAUGUCUUCCACUUCCCGGGCCUGUGCAACUACGUCCUCUCCGCACACUGUGGGGCCGCCUAUGAGGACUUCAAUAUCCAGCUGCGCCGCGGCCUCGAGUCCAACGCCACCACGGUCAUCAGAGUCACCAUGAAGCUCGACGGCAUGGUCAUCCAGCUGACCAAGAAUGCCGUCCUGGCCAACGGGCAGCUAAUUCAGCUGCCCUUCAGCCAGUCCGGGGUCCUCAUCGAGCACAGCAGCAACGCCCUGAAGGUGGUGGCCAGGCUGGGCCUGGUCUUCAUGUGGAGCCAGGACGAUAGCCUUCUGCUGGAGCUGGACGCCAAGUACGCCAACCAGACCUGUGGGCUGUGUGGAGACUUCAAUAGCGAGCCCGUGUUCAACGAGUUCCUCUCCCAUGGUGUCAAGCUCACCCCCAUCCAGUUUGGGAAUCUGCAGAAGAUGGACGGCCCCACAGAGCAGUGUCAGGACCCUGUCCCUGUGCCCAUGAUGGACUGCUCACCUGGCUCUGGCAUCUGUGAGGAGAUCCUGAGCAGCAGGCUGUUCUCGGGCUGCAGCGCCCUGGUGGACGCCAGCAGCUAUGUGCAGGCCUGCCGGCACGACCUCUGUGCCUGCGAGCACGCCAACCCAAGCAGCUGCAUCUGCCACACACUCGCCGAGUACUCCCGCCAGUGCGCCCACGGUGAGAGAAGCCCCCAGCCUCGCCCGCCCCCUUAGCCUCACACAGAGGUGCUCUGGGCCCCUGGGUCUGAGGAGCCCCUGAAGGUCAGGGUGACCUUGGGCAGAGGGCCGGCCCCCUCCACCUGUUCAGUGGUGGACACAGCCUGGCACCUGCCGUACGGCCUGCCUGCUUCUGCAGGGAUGGUGCUCGAUGACAUUGGCCAGACGGGCUGCAUUCCUGCCUCCCAGUGUGCCUGUGUGUACAACGGGGCCACGUACGCUCCGGGGGCCGUCUAUUCCACAGACUGCACCAACUGCACCUGCUUGAGAGGCCAGUGGAGCUGCCAAGAGGUGCCGUGCCCAGGCACCUGCUCAGUGCUGGGGGGCGCCCACUUCUCCACAUUUGACGAGAGGCGGUACACAGUGCACGGGGACUGCAGCUACGUGUUGGUCAAGCCCUGUAACAGCAGCACCUUCACUGUGCUGGCGGAGCUGCGCAAGUGUGGCCUGACAGACACUGAGACUUGUCUGAGGAGCUUGACGCUGAGCCUGGGCGGGGGACACACGGUCAUCACUGUCAAGGCCAGCGGGGAGGUGUUUGUGAACCAGAUCUACACCCAGAUGCCCAUCUCAGCAGGCAACGUUACACUCUUCAGACCCUCCACCUUCUUCAUCGUCGCCCAGACCAACCUGGGCCUGCAGCUGGACAUCCAGCUGGUGCCCAUCAUGCAGGUGUUCGUGAGGCUGGGGCCCGAGCUCCGCGGGCUGACCUGUGGCCUGUGCGGGAACUUCAACCAGAACCAGGCCGACGACUUCCGUGCCCUCAGCGGCGUGGUGGAGGGCACGGCCGCUGCCUUCGCCAACACCUGGAAGACCCAGGCCGCCUGCCCCAACGUCAAGAACAGCUUCGAGGACCCCUGUUCCCUCAGCGUGGAGAACGAGAAGUAUGCUCAGCACUGGUGCUCCCGGCUGACGGACUCCCACGGCCCCUUCGCCCAGUGCCACACUGCCGUGAACCCUGGCACCUACUAUUCGAACUGUAUGUUCGACACGUGUAACUGUGAGAAGAGCGAGGACUGCCUGUGUGCGGCCUUGUCCUCCUACGUGCAUGCCUGCGCUGCCAACGGGGUGCUGCUCAGCGGCUGGAGGGACGGCGUGUGCACAAAGCCCAUGGCCACCUGCCCUAAGUCGCUGACCUACCAGUACCACAUCGACACCUGCCAGCCCACCUGCCGGUCCCGGAGUCACGAGGACAUCACCUGUGGCAUCAACUUUGUCCCUGUGGAUGGCUGCACCUGCCCCACUGGCACCUUCAUGGACGACACGGGCAAGUGUGUGCCGCCUACCAGCUGUCCCUGCUACCACGGAGGCUCCAUGGUCCCCAACGGGGAGUCGCUCCACGAGCGUGGGGCCAUCUGCACCUGCACGCAAGGCAUGCUGACCUGCAUCGGAGGCCAAGUUCCCACCCCAGUCUGCACCCCACCCAUGGUCUACCUCGACUGUCGCAAUGCCACGCGGGGGGCCACUGGGGCCAGCUGUCAGAAGAGCUGCUUCACCCUGGACAUGGACUGUUACAGCUCCCAGUGCGAACCUGGCUGCGUGUGUCCCGAUGGGCUGGUGUCCGACGGUAAAGGUGGCUGCGUCGCUGUGACAGACUGUCCCUGCGUGCACAACGAGGCCAGCUACCUGCCCGGCCAGACCAUCUGGGUGGGCUGCAACACCUGCACCUGUAAGAGCAGGAUGUGGAAGUGUACGGACGAGCCCUGCCUGGCCACCUGCGCGGUGUACGGGGACGGCCACUACCUCACCUUUGACGGGAGGCGCUACAGCUUCAGUGGGGACUGCGCGUACACGCUCGUUCAGGACCACUGCGGCGGGAACAGCACUGCCAAUGCCACCUUCCGUGUGGUCACUGAGAACGUCCCCUGCGGAACCACGGGCGUCACCUGCUCCAAGGCCAUCAAGCUGUUCCUGGGGAGCUACGAGCUGAGGCUGAGUGGUGGCGGUGUGGAGGUGAUCGAGAAGGGUGCAGGGCAGGCGGCUCCCUACUCCAUCCGUCAGAUGGGCAUCUACCUGGUGGUGGACACUGAGGUUGGCCUGGUGUUGCUGUGGGACAGGAAGACCAGUAUCUUCCUCAAACUCAGCCCUGAGUUCAAGGGCCGGGUCUGUGGGCUGUGUGGGAACUUUGAUGACAAUGCUGUCAAUGACUUCACCACGCGGAGCCAGUCCGUGGUGGGCAGCGCCCUGGAGUUUGGCAACAGCUGGAAGUUCUCUCCGUCCUGCCCUGAUGCCCCAGCCCCCAGGGACCCCUGCACUGCCAACCCCUACCGCAAGUCCUGGUCUCAGAAGCAGUGCAGCAUCAUCAACAGCGCCACGUUCGCCGCCUGCCAUGCCCACGUGGAGCCCGCCAAGUACUACGAGGCCUGUGUGGGCGAUGCGUGUGCCUGUGACUCAGGGGGCGACUGUGAAUGUUUCUGCACGGCUGUGGCCGCCUACGCCCAGGCCUGCCACGACGUGGGCGUGUGCGUGUCCUGGAGGACCCCGGACAUCUGCCCCUUGUUCUGCGACUACUACAACCCUGAGGGUCAGUGUGAGUGGCACUACCAGCCGUGCGGGGCGCCCUGCAUGAGGACCUGCCGGAACCCCAGCGGCCGGUGUCUGCACGACCUGCAUGGCCUGGAAGGCUGCUACCCCAAGUGCCCGCCGGAGGCCCCCAUCUUCGAUGAGGACCAGAUGCAGUGUGUGGCCACAUGCCCAACCCCACCCCCGCCGCUGCCCUGCCGUGUCCAGGGCAAGUCCUAUUGGCCAGGCUCGGUUGUGCCUUCUGAGGAGAACUGCCAGUCCUGUGUUUGCACUGAGAGCGGCGUGCAGUGUGUCUACGAUGCUGAGGCCUGUGUCUGCACCUACAACGGGUGGCACUUCCAUCCGGGGGAUGUCAUCUAUCACACCACUGACGGCACGGGCGGGUGCAUCUCUGCCCGCUGCUCCGUGAACGGCACCAUCGCGAGGAGGGUGUACACCUGCAGCUCCACGACCCCCGCACCACCCACCACCUUCUCCUUCUCCACGCCUUCCCUCGGUGUGAGCUCAAUACAUCCGCCCCGCACAUGCCACAGAUCUACCAAGAGCACAGUGCACACAAAUACUCCAAGCAGUGCCCUGUCCUCCACUCUGGUCACAGCCUCUAGUCCAAUGUCUCACAAAACCUCUGUCCAGCCCCACGUGACCUGUGGAGAGGAGUGCCUGUGGUCACCGUGGCUGGAUGUCAGCCAUCCCGGACGGGGCAUUGACAGUGGUGACUUCGACACGCUGGAGAACCUCCGUGCCCACGGGUACCACGUUUGCUCAGUGCCAAAGGAGGUGGAGUGCCAAGCUGAGGGUGCCCCAGAGGUGCCACUCCAAGUCCUGGGGCAGCAUGUGGAGUGUAGCCCGACCGUGGGGCUAGUGUGUUACAACCGCAACCAGACAUCCGGGCUCUGCUAUAACUACCAGAUCAGGAUUCUGUGCUGCUUCCCUGGGACCUGCUCCACCUCCAGCACUCCACCUCCACCACCAGCUUCUACUCCUACACCUUCCAGGAUUACAGAAACGCAAAACACCUGCUCCAGGUACCACUACACCUACUCCAGUACUUUUACCCUUGCCCUGAGUACUCCUUUAUCUGUCCCAGUGACCACUGUGACCACCCCAGGUACUCCUACACAUGCCCCAGGUACCACCACCACCACAACAGGUACUCCUACACCUACCCAAGGUGCAACUACAACCACUCUAGGUUCUCCUACAACUGUGAAAAACACUACCUUCACUCUGAGGUCAACGCCAGCUUCAACAACCCCUGAGCCUUGUUUACAAAACUUGUGCAGCUGGACCCACUGGUUUGACGGUAGCUAUCCUGAGCCUGGUAUAAACGGUGGGGAUUUUGACACUUUUCCUAAUUUGAGAGCCACAGGAUAUAAAUUCUGUGAAAAACCCAGCAAUGUGGAAUGCAGGGCAGCAUUCUUCCCAAACAUCCCACUGGAUGAGCUGGGGCAGGAUGUGAUUUGUGACAAGAGUGUGGGGCUGAUGUGCCUGAAUAAGAAUCAGUUUCCUCCAAUCUGCUAUAACUAUGAAAUCCGGAUCCAGUGCUGUGAGUUGGUGGAUGUGUGCACAAGCACAACAUCUCCUGUGACAGCUGAGAACACACACACCACCCCAAGGACAACCCAGACUCAAAUGCAGCUUACCUCAACUACUGGAAUUCCUUUGUCUCCCACACAACACAGUGGGGUCAGCUCAACGCAAGUGCACUCUUCAACCAGCAAUGUGCUCAGCACACAUUUGGUCUCUGUACCCAUAACUAUCAACUGCCAGCCACGAUGCAUGUGGACCAAGUGGUUUGACGUGGACUUCCCAUCCCCGGGGCCCCACGGAGGAGACGUGGAAAGCUUCAGCAACAUCAUGAGAAAGGGAGAGAAAAUCUGCCGCCGGCCAGAAUACAUCACACAGCUGGAGUGCCGGGCUGAGAGCCACCCUGAGGUCAGCAUCGACAAGCUGGGCCAGGUGGUGCAGUGCAACCUCACCAAGGGCCUGGUGUGCCGGAACCAGGACCAGAAGGGCAAUGUCGGGAUGUGUCUCAACUAUGAGGUCCGUGUGCUGUGCUGUGAGACCCCAGAGGGGUGUCCUCCCACCAAAACUGUCACAGUGUCUCACACCCCAAGUCGCAACAUCUGUGCAAGAAACCAGCUCAACCCCUGUGCCAACAACAAGCCCAACAACAGUUCCAACAACCAGCUCAACCUCUGUGCCAACCACAGGCCCAACCUCUGUGCCAACAACGAGCUCAACUUCUGUGCCUCCAUCCAGCCCAACAUCUAUGCCGGAAACCAGCUCAACCCCUGGACCAACAACUGUGCCAACAACGAGCUCAACUUCUGUGUCAACAACAGGCCCAACAACAGUUCCAACAACCAGCUCAACCUCUGUGCCAACCACAGGCCCAACCUCUGUGCCAACAACGAGCUCAACUUCUGUGCCUCCAUCCAGCCCAACAUCUAUGCCGGAAACCAGCUCAACCCCUGGGCCAACCACUGGACCAACAACUGUGCCAACAACGAGCUCAACUUCUGUGUCAACAACAGGCCCAACAACAGUUCCAACAACCAGCUCAACUUCUGUGCCAACAACUGGACCAACCUCUGUGCCAACAAUGAGCUCAACUUCUGUGCCUCCAUCCAGCGCAACAUCUGUGCAAGAAACCAGCUCAACCUCUGUGCCAACAACAAGCCCAACAACAGUUCCAACAACCAGCUCAACUUCUGUGCCUACAACUGGACCAACCUCUGUGCCAACAAUGAGCUCAACUUCUGUGCCUGCAUCCAGCCCAACAUCUGUCUCAACCUCUGUGCCAACCACAGGCCCAACAUCUGUGCCAACAACAAGCUCAACCUCUGGGCCAACCACUGGACCAACAACUGUGCCAACAACAAGCUCAACCUCUGGGCCAACCACUGGACCAACAACUGUGCCAACAACCAGCUCAACCUCUGUGCCAACCACAGGCCCAACCUCUGUGCCAACAACGAGCUCAACUUCUGUGCCUCCAUCCAGCCCAACAUCUAUGCCGGAAACCAGCUCAACCCCAGGGCCAACCACUGGACCAACAACUGUGCCAACAACGAGCUCAACUUCUGUGUCAACAACAGGCCCAACAACAGUUCCAACAACCAGCUCAACUUCUGUGCCAACAACUGGACCAACCUCUGUGCCAACAAUGAGCUCAACUUCUGUGCCUCCAUCCAGCGCAACAUCUGUGCAAGAAACCAGCUCAACCUCUGUGCCAACAACAAGCCCAACAACAGUUCCAACAACCAGCUCAACCUCUGUGCCUACAACUGGACCAACCUCUGUGCCAACAAUGAGCUCAACUUCUGUGCCUGCAUCCAGCCCAACAUCUGUGCAAGAAACCAGCUCAACCUCUGUGCCAACAACAAGCCCAACAACAGUUCCAACAACCAGCUCAACCUCUGUGCCAACAACAGGCCCAACAACAGUUCCAACAACCAGCUCAACCUCUGUGCCAACCACAGGCCCAACAUCUGUGCCAACAACGAGCUCAACCUCUGGGCCAACCACUGGACCAACAACUGUGCCAACAACAAGCUCAACCUCUGGGCCAACCACUGGACCAACAACUGUGCCAACAACCAGCUCAACCUCUGUGCCAACCACAGGCCCAACCUCUGUGCCAACAACGAGCUCAACUUCUGUGCCUCCAUCCAGCCCAACAUCUAUGCCGGAAACCAGCUCAACCCCAGGGCCAACCACUGGACCAACAACUGUGCCAACAACGAGCUCAACUUCUGUGUCAACAACAGGCCCAACAACAGUUCCAACAACCAGCUCAACUUCUGUGCCAACAACUGGACCAACCUCUGUGCCAACAAUGAGCUCAACUUCUGUGCCUCCAUCCAGCGCAACAUCUGUCUCAACCUCUGUGCCAACAACUGGCCCAACAUCUGUGCCAACAACAAGCUCAACCUCUGGGCCAACCACUGGACCAACAACUGUGCCAACAACCAGCUCAACCUCUGUGCCAACCACAGGCCCAACCUCUGUGCCAACAACGAGCUCAACUUCUGUGCCUCCAUCCAGCCCAACAUCUAUGCCGGAAACCAGCUCAACCCCAGGGCCAACCACUGGACCAACAACUGUGCCAACAACGAGCUCAACUUCUGUGUCAACAACAGGCCCAACAACAGUUCCAACAACCAGCUCAACUUCUGUGCCAACAACUGGACCAACCUCUGUGCCAACAAUGAGCUCAACUUCUGUGCCUCCAUCCAGCGCAACAUCUGUGCAAGAAACCAGCUCAACCUCUGUGCCAACAACAAGCCCAACAACAGUUCCAACAACCAGCUCAACCUCUGUGCCUACAACUGGACCAACCUCUGUGCCAACAAUGAGCUCAACUUCUGUGCCUGCAUCCAGCCCAACAUCUGUGCAAGAAACCAGCUCAACCUCUGUGCCAACAACAAGCCCAACAACAGUUCCAACAACCAGCUCAACCUCUGUGCCAACAACAGGCCCAACAACAGUUCCAACAACCAGCUCAACCUCUGUGCCAACCACAGGCCCAACAACAGUUCCAACAACCAGCUCAACUUCUGUGCUAACAAUUGGACCAACCUCUGUGCCAACAAUGAGCUCAACUUCUGUGCCUCCAUCCAGCCCAACAUCUGUGCAAGAAACCAGCUCAACCUCUGUGCCAACAACAAGCCCAACAACAGUUCCAACAACCAGCUCAACCUCUGUGCCUACAACAGGCCCAACAACAGUUCCAACAACCAGGUCAACCUCUGGGCCAACGACAGGUCCAACAACAGUUCCAACAACCAGCUCAACCUCUGUGCCAACAUCAGAACCAACAACAGUUCCAACAACCAGCUCAACCUCUGUGCCAACAUCAGGCCCAACAACAGUUCCAACAACCAGCUCAACCUCUGUGCCAACCACAGGCCCAACCUCUGUGCCAACAACGAGCUCAACUUCUGUGCCUCCAUCCAGCCCAACAUCUGUUUCAGAAACCAGCUCAACCUCUGGGCCAACAACAGGUCCAACAACAGUUCCAACAACCAGCUCAACCUCUGUGCCAACAACAGGCCCAACAACAGUUCCAACAACCACUCAACCUCUGUUCCAACAACCAGCUCAACUUCUGUGCCAACAACUGGACCAACCUCUGUGCCAACGAGCUCAACUUCUGUGUCUCCAUCCAGCGCAACGACAUGCUACUGCAGCGUGUCUGGCAAGCUCUACCCUGCAGGAUCCAUCAUUUACCAACAGACGGACCUCGCUGGUCACUGCUAUUAUGCCAUGUGCAGCCUGGACUGUCAGGUGGUCAGGUGGUCAGACCAGUCCUGCUCCAGCAGCGUGCCACCUCCUGCCCCAACCACCUCCCCACCUGGACCCUCCUUGUCGACUUCUGUGCCUGUCACUAUGCAGGGAUGCCCAAAUGCAGUCCCCCCGAGAAUGAAAGGCGAGACGUGGCCCAUGCCCAACUGCUCUCAAGCCACCUGUCAGGGCAAUGGUGUCAUCACCGUGCACCCACGAUCGUGCCCACAGACACAGCCACCCACCUGCACCAACGGCUUCCCCCCUGUGAAGGUGACGGACCACGAUGACUGCUGCCCGAACUACCAGUGCCAGUGUGUGUGCAGCGGCUGGGGCGACCCCCACUACAUCACCUUCGAUGGCACAUACUACAGCUUCCUGGACAACUGCACCUAUGUGCUGGUGCAGCAGAUCGUGCCCGUGUACGGCCACUUCCGCGUGCUCAUCAACAACUACUUCUGUGGGGCCGAGGAUGGGCUCUCCUGCCCGCAGUCCAUCAUUGUCGAGUACCAGCAGGCCCGCGUUGUGAUGACCCGCAAGCCCAUCCAUGGGGUGAUGACCAACGAGAUUAUCUUCAACGAUCAAGUGGUCAGGCCCGGCUUCCAGAAGGACGGUGUGAGUGUGUCCCAAAUUGGCAUCAAGAUGUAUGUGACCAUCCCUAAACUUGGCGUCCAGGUCAUGUUCUCUGGCCUCAUCUUCUCGGUGGAGGUGCCUUUCAGCAAGUUCGCUAACAACACAGAGGGGCAGUGUGGCACUUGCAGCAACGACAAGAGGGAUGAGUGUCGCCUGCCUGGGGGUGUGGAAGCAGCCUCCUGCUCUGCUAUGUCCAGCCACUGGAGGGUGACCACACCCGACCAGCCGUACUGCUACGGGCCUUUGCCGACACCCACCGCAGCCUGGCCCACGCCCUCGCCCUCCUCGUGCCCGCCGGCACCAGUCUGCCAGCUGAUUCUGAGCAAGGUGUUUGGGCCGUGCCACGCUGUGAUCCCCCCGCUGGCAUUCUACGAAGGCUGUGUGUUCGACCACUGCCACAAGACCGACUCGAACGUGAUGUGCUCCGCCCUGGAGCUGUACGCGUCGCUCUGCGCCUCCCACGGUGUUUGCAUCGACUGGAGGAGCCACACCAACCACACGUGCCCAUUCACCUGCCCUGCGGACAAGGUGUACCAGCCCUGUGGCCCGUCCAAGCCCUCCUACUGCUAUGGGAGUGACAACGCCAGCCUCAUGGCUCUACAGGACUCUGGGCCCAUCACAGAAGGCUGCUUCUGUCCAGAGGGCAUGAAGCUUUUCAGCGGGAGCUCCGAAGUCUGCGUGCCCAUAGACUGCGACACCUGUGACACCAGCUACUGCCCCAAGCCUGUGGCUUGUCCCGAGGGCUCCCGCCCGAUCCUGACCUAUGAGGAGGGCGCCUGCUGUCCGAACCAGAACUGCAGCUGGAGUGUGUGCAACGUGAACGGCACCUUGUACCAGCCUGGCUCCGUGGUCUCCUCCAGUCUGUGUGAAACCUGCAGGUGUGAGGCGCCCGGCGGUCCCCACUCGGACACAGUCAUCAUCAGCUGUGAGACCCAGAUUUGCAACACCCACUGCCCCGUGGGCUUCGAGUACCAGCCGCAGAGCGGGCAGUGCUGUGGCCUGUGUGUGCAGCAGGCCUGCGUCGUCAACAGCAGCAACAACUCCACUCACCUCUUCUACCCCGGCCAGUCCUGGCCAGACCCCGGGAACCCCUGCAUGACCCACGAGUGUGAGAAGCACCAGGACGGGCUUGUGGUGGUGACCACGAGAAAGGCGUGUCCCCCCCUCAGCUGUCCUGAGGAACAGGCUCUGCCAAGCAAGGACGGCUGCUGUCUGUCCUGUCCUCUACACCCGACCGACAACGGGUCGAUGUGUGCAGUGUACCACGAGCAGCAGGUCAUCAGUCAGCAAGGCUGCAGCUCCCCUGGGCCCGUGCACCUCGCCUACUGCCAGGGCAACUGUGGAGACAGCUCCUCCAGGUACUCCCUGGAGACCAAGGCCAUGAAGCACACCUGCCAGUGCUGCCAGGAGCUGCGCGUGUCACUGAGGAACGUGACCCUGCACUGCGCGGACGGCUCCAGCUGGGUCUUCAGCUACCGGCAGGUGGAGGAGUGUGGCUGUGUGGGGCAGCGCUGUGGCUCCCACGGCACCCCCGGCCACUCAGAGGAGUCCAGGCCUGAGCAGAGUGGCGAGGAGCAGAGCGAGGAGAUAGAGCGCACGGGCUGGCGGAGCAGGCCCAGGACCACAGGCUCCCCCAGCAGACUGACCGGCACCCAUCCUCGGGGCUCCCGGCCACCUUCCUCUGGAAUUCAAGGAUAA